GUAUUGUUUGUUAAUUAUUUUUGAUUGUAAAAUCUUACUCAGGUUGACUGUUAAAGCUAAUAUAUGACACAAACACUUUAAUGAUACGAUAAAUUGGAUGGAAGUAAUGACAGUCUUCAAAGACUCCGCUUCUCUACAAUUUUCUCGAAUUUUCUUUCAAAUUGGAGCACAGAAUCAUGUCUCUCGGUCCAUCUUGUUUCGCACAUACUAUGAAUCUGAUAUCCGUCUAAUUUUCUUUUUAAUACUGUAUUUCUAAGAACGCAAUUACUUCCUUCAUUAUACCUACAGUAUUUCUUACUGCUU